AAGGCCACACUCUAUCAGCGAGUUUUGUGGCGUCCGGUUGGCCUUUCCGUAUUCGCUGCGUCGCUGCGAUCUUGUUCCUCCACGUUUUUGGCGUCGUCGUACGUUUACGUGUCCCGCUUACUCGCGCGCACUCUCUCUCUUUCACUCUGCUGCGCGCGUGCCUAAGUGUGCUGUGUGUGUGUGUAUGUUUGUGUGUGCCUCUGUGUGCGUGCGUGAGGCGAGCAGCGCAGCGCAAUAGAAAAGAAGAAGCAGAAGCAAAAAACAUAAGUGAAUUUUUUUCGGGUGGAAGCGCGGUGAAAAAUGCGUGCCUGCGCGCGUGUGUGUGUGCGUGUGUGCGAAAAUCAAUACGAAAACAUGAAUAACAAAAGCUAAGAAAGAAAAAUAGCUACAACGCACAACAGAAAAAGAAGCUGAAGCUGAAACAUAAAAUACAAACAAGAAAAAAACGAGAAAAUAAUAAAUAAUAGGAAUAGGGUAGCCAGCAGGAAGGAACAGUUAGCCAUUCCAGUGAGCUAAAACAGCACACACACGCACGAACCCAUUUCCACAUCCAGCCCAUCCAGGGCUUCCAAUUGACAGUUGCCAGUUGCCAGUAGCCAGUUGCCAGUUUCCAGGACCGCAGCAGGAUGUCGCUGCAAACGAAAAGGCAGCACUGCUAUCUGUGCGAUUUACCCCGCAUGCCAUGGGCGAUGAUCAAUGAUUUCUCGGAGGCGGUAUGCCGCGGUUGCGUCAACUACGAGGGCGCCGAUCGCAUCGAGGCGGUGCUGGACGCCGCCCGCCAAAUGAAGCGUCUCCAUCCCGCCAGCAAACAGCAGCGUUCCCAUGAGAACGGCGAAGUAUCCGCCGCUGCAGCAGCAGCCGUCGUCCUGCAACAGCAGCAGCAACAACAGUUACAAGUUGGUCCAGUUCCGGGACCAGGACCGGGUUCCCAUCGCGGCGGUGGCGGAGGCGGUCCACCGGGUGCUCCGCCCGGCAGCGGUGUUCCCGGUCCGUCGGGCGCCGGUUCGCUGAGUUCGCUGGGCAAUGCCGUUGCUGCUGCCGCUGCCGCUGCUGCAGUGCAUCAUCACCAUCAGAUGCCCUAUCAAAUGCCCGUGCCACGCAUCGGUCCGCCACUGGACUAUCCCGUUAAGCUGGAGGAUGCGCCCGGUGGCGGUGUGCGACCCGUACGCAUUUCACACAUGACGCCCCACCACCUGCCGCCAAAUGCGACCCGCGGCGGAGGCGGUGCACCCGGCGUCGGUGUACCCACUGCCGGCAGUGGCGGUGGCAGCCUACCGCCCGCCCUCUCCGUAAAUCUAAAGCGACCGCCCAGCGAGGAUGUCGAUGUGGAUGUGAGCCAGCAGCAACAGCAAUCGGGACACGGCCUGCCGCCAGAUGGCGGUGCUGGCAACGCCCUAUCCGCCGGCGGAGGCGUGGCCGGUGGCGGUCCGCCCGGCAUCAAGCGCAGCGCCAUGGACGAUCCAACGGGCGGUGGCGGCCGACCGCCAUUGACGCGCGGCGAAUCCCUUCCAGCGGCGGUCAGCUACGUGCCCGAGCGGCAGCUCAGCGGACUCCGUGAUAAGCAGCAGCCGGUCAGAGCGCCCAGUUUCGAUGCAUCGACCUUCAAAGCAGAGCACAUGUCCCCGGCCAGCCGACGCAAUGGAUCGAGUCCGCCCUCGGGACCGCUGCCACCGCGCAGCGUACACUCGCCGAACAGUUCGGGUUCCUCGUCGGGACGUCGUUCUUCCGGAUCCCGUCACGUGUCCAGCACCACUGUUACCAGCUCCGAGGUGGGCGGCUCGAAUCCGGGCCAGGCGGUGGUUGCCGGCGGCCUUGGGGGCGGUGGCGGCGGAGGACCCGGCUCGAAUGCAGCCAGCGGCCAACUGGGCGGACCCAGUGGCGGCAGUGGACAGCUGAGCUGUACAAGCGGCGGACCGGGCGGCGGUGCCAGUUCCGGCAGCGGAGGCAAUGGAGCCAUUGGUCCCGCCUCGAUGGCGCCAAAUUCAGUGACCGGUGAUGGCAGUCCGGCCGGCGGUAAUGGUCCUUCCGGCAGCAAUGGCAGCGGCGGCUCAGUGAAUCCCGGUCCCGGCAGCAGUGGCAGUCAGGGCGGCGGCGGAGGCGGCACACCGCUGGCCAGCGGCGGCGGUUCGGCGGGCAGCGGCGGCCUCGGCGGAGCUCCAGGCAGCAGUGCCGCCUCAAAUUCAGCAGCGGCAGCGGCGGCGGCAGCUGCCCAGAAUGCCACGCUCAAGUGCACCCUGUGCCAGGAGCGAUUGGAGGACACGCACUUUGUGCAAUGUCCCUCGGUGAAUCACCACAAGUUUUGCUUCCCCUGCAGUCGCGAGAGCAUCAAACGACAGAAUGGACUGGGCAACGAGGUGUACUGUCCCAGCGGCGAUCGCUGUCCGCUAGCCAACUCGGUGAUACCGUGGGCUUUUAUGCAGGGCGAGAUCACCACCAUUCUGGGCGAGGAGGUCAAGGUGAAGAAGGAGCGCGAGUCUUAAUGUCCAUUUUACUGUAAGAAGCUGCGCAGGGCUUUGGAGCACUUUUGAGAGGCGACAACUCCCCGGAUAAUAUCUGGCAUCCAACUCUCGACACUCUCUGUUGGGUCAAUGGUUUAAGAUUGGGGGGAUUUUAAGGAGUAACCGUUUUUUUUUUGGCCACGGCGGCGGCAUCUCAACAGUAGCAGAUAUGAAUGUAUAUGCACUGUCUUUGUCCAUGACGACCGACCAAACAACAACAACUACAACAACAACAUCAACAGCAUCAACAACAACAAAACCACAAUUUUGUAGGCGUAAGCAACAAAAAACAAAUAAGAGAUGAAACCACGUAAAUGAAAAUUGCAAUUUGUUACCAGCAAAAUGAGUUUAUGAAGAAAGAAAACACCAAAACGCUCGCAAAUCAGAAAAUCAGUAAAACAAAUGUAAGCGAAUGCGUUGAUACACAUUUUUGUAGCUUACUUAUAGACGGGCGUUGGUAAAUUUGUCCAAAAAGAAAACCAACCAACACGAAAUUUCUACGAAAAUGCAUACGUAGUCAAGUGAGAAAGAUUUUCGAACCGAAAUGAAGCGAGAGAAACUUGAAAUUUUUCUUAAUAAAACGAUAGUAAACUAAAAUCAACCUAAUUGUAGCAGACACAAGCGGCAAACACAAACCACAAAUAAAGGAAAAUACACUUGCUGGCAUUAGAUAUAAAAUCCUUUUUUUUAAUACGAUUAUACAUAAAACCUAUACAUUAGACGAUAAUUAUAAUUCUGUUAUGUAGGCGAGCGAUUUAUUUCAUAAGUUACACUUAGUUUGCACUAAUUAAUUAAUUUAUUUCUAUACAUGUUGCCUAAUUUACAAUCGACAUUUUACCCUCCUUCCCUCACUCUUUUACUUUUUUUUUUUUAAAUACUUUUAUUCGGAUAAUACCAUUUUUUUUUUUGUAAGUUAACUAAUUUAAAACACAAUGAAAAAACGAAUGGAAACGAUAGAGAGAAAAACAGUUAUUAUGCUAAAGAAAUGUACAUACGUAUGCAUACCACAUAAUCGGAAUAUAAAUAUAUACAUAUAUUUAAUAAUAUAGAAAUAUAUUUCAUGUUGAACACGAAAUUGGCGGCAAAAACAAUUGGCAACACACCGAUAACGGAGUUGCAGUGGAA